ACCCGGCACAUAAGGUUCCAGUUAUUGACGACGACGGAUUCAUGCUGUCCGAAAGCCGAGCCAUUGAAGGAUAUUUAGUGGAACAGUAUGGGAAGAGUGAUUCGCUGUAUCCAAGAGACCCAAAGAAAAGAGCCAAAGUCAACCAGAUGCUUUACUUCGACAUUGGAACAUUGUAUGGAAGAGUUGGAGAUUAUAUAUUCACAGUUUAUCGUGAGCAACGAAAGGACAUGGGCAAGUUUGCUUCCAUGGAAGAGGCACUCAGUAUCUUCGACUCGAUGAUGAAUGGCCAGCGCUGGGUCGCUGGAGACAACAUCACCAUAGCCGACUACACCAUGGCUGUUUCUGUCACCACAGCCGAGAUUGCUGGCAUGGAUAUAGCAAAAUAUCCCAAUGUCAAACAAUGGUUUGAUAACUCAAAGAAAGCUAUUUCAGCAUAUGAAGAAUAUUUUAACAACGGAGCCAAGAUUUUUAAAGAACACUUCGACAAAGCUGCUGAAAAGUUGAAAAAAUAGGACAAAUAUCACGUCCGUAUUACUAUUAUUUUAUUUGCAAAAGUGGGCUUAUUUAAAUACUGCUUAAACCCUACCAUAAGAAUUAAUUGCAUGCAUAAAAUUUUAAUGGUCAUUCAUAUAGCAAUUAUUUAGUUAUAUAAUUGUCCAGAUAACAUGCAUUUGUAGAGCCUUCAUAUAUUUAAUGCUUUUUUAGUACAAUUUCAUUGAUUUAUUUAUCAGUAUAAGCAUGAUUACAUAAACUAUAUUGCACUUUUAUUUUAGCAUACUGAGUUUAUUUCUGUUUAAAAUUCAGUGUUUUGAAACAAUUUUUUUUAAAAAUAUAUUAUUGUAUAUUGAUCUUACAAACAGCUUAAUAAAAUUGUGAGAGGAA